AUGGUAAAAUGGCAAAAUUAUCGCUGGAAUCUGAUAUCGCCAGGCCUGAAGGUUAUCGCGGCAGGCCGCUGCUUGAUCAACCUCGCUCUCCCUUCACUUACUCACAUUGAUCUCUUCACAACAAUCUUCAUGAUGUCUUUCCCCUCCCCAGAAAGCUCAAAUCCCUCCUUCUCUAUGUCCGCGUACAUGGUCCCCUCCAGACAGAACUCAUACUCCGAGUCCGAUGAUGAGGUCGCCUCCCUCCCAUCAGAAUCUACAACCGACUCCGAUCUCGAUACUUUGUCUGAAUAUUCCUCUGAUGCCGAGGCAGAAUGGCAAGAAAGCAUUGAACAACUGGAGCUCCUUCUGACUAUGGUUCUGGUACCCUUCAUUGGGAAAUACCUCGGGCGACGAUGCGCAUAUUGGAGUUGGACGCGAUUCAUGCAGUGGCAAUACCCUGUUGAGGUGGUGAUGCGGAACCCGGCCGCAUUCAAGGCAGCGGGUGCGAUCGAGGCGGCUGCAACUCUAUAA